UUUGAGUGACAUCACCAGUUCCGUCCCAACGCGGAAAUGUGCAAUAUUUGUUAUUAUAAUAUAGGAUCAGUUGUCUGGCAUGUCACAGACAUAUGCUGAACCGUAGCAGUACUGUAAGUGGUUGAGUAUGCCGCUGUGACGUUUUUCCAGUACUUUGUGAUUAUGGCGUUUUGUUGGAGGAGUUUGGAGCCCUUUCGACCUUAGUGUAUAUUUACUGACACAGACCUAGAACACGCCGCAAAUUCAACCACACACACAUCUGUCAGAUUCACGGAGAAAUGAUGGACUGGAGACAUUUGCUGCUGUUGUUGCUUAGCUUGGCUGGAAACGUGUCACAGUGUGAGGGAGGAAGUUCAGUCUCUCUCCCAGAAUCCCUGCUCUUUGUUUCAACACUGGAUGGAAGUCUGCAUGCCGUCAGUAAACAGACAGGAGACAUCAAAUGGACACUAAAGGAAGAUCCCAUCAUACAGGUUCCUACCUAUUUCCAAGAGCCAGGCUUUUUACCGGAUCCCAAUGAUGGCAGUCUGUAUGUACUAGGAGGCAAGCGCAAAGAGGGUCUGAUGAAACUCCCGUUCACUAUUCCAGAACUGGUCCAGUCUUCUCCCUGCAGGAGCUCUGAUGGGGUGCUCUACACAGGUAAAAAACAGGACACUUGGUUUGUGGUUGAUCCUCAGACAGGUGAAAAACAGACGAGUCUAAGCACCUCCUCUUCAGCCUCCAUUUGCCCUUCUGCCCCUCUGCUGUACAUUGGUCGCACAGAAUAUAUGAUCACCAUGUAUGAUACGAAGACUCAGGAACUCCGCUGGAAUGCCACCUACAACGACUACUCCGCGCCUCUCUAUGAUGACAAGAAAUAUGAAUAUAAGAUGUCACACUUUGCGUCCAGCGGGGACGGUCUGGUGGUUACAGUGGAUCGGGACUCUGGUGAGGUGUUGUGGAUGCAGAAGUUUGAUUCUCCAGUGGCAGGGUUUUAUUUAUGGAGUCAGGACAGUCUGCGGCGAUCUCCUCAUCUGACGGUCGCAACAGAAACCCUGCGUUACCUGACCUUCACUGCAGAAAACACACAGUCCCACACCAUGAAGUGGACCUACCAGUUCACAAAGGAGAACCACAGCACUAAGACUCAGCUAUUUCCUACUCUCUAUGUCGGCAAGACGGACUCUCAUCUGUAUGCUUCUACCUCUCUUGUGCACCAAGGUGUGGCAAUAGUGCCAAAAGGUCUUACACUUGCACGCAUUGAGGGGCCAAUCACCGCUGGCAUCACAAUGGGUAAUGGGCAGCCCGAGUGUGAGAUCACACCCAGCACUGACGUGAAAUAUCCACCAGGAAGCAGCAAUUCCCUGCAGAAUCAGUGGCUGCUGAUUGGUCAUCAUGAAGAGCCUCCUUUGGCUCACACCACCAUGUUGAGAGAUUUCCCAGAGAACCUGCAGCGCUCUGGUGAUGUCAUCCCACCCCGAGGUUCUGGUUCUUCUUUCCGUUCUCCCUCUCACCCAUUGCCACCGGUAACAAAGCACAGCUCCUCCCCUGUGUUGCCAGACUUUUUGACCUCUGACCCCAUGACUGUGCUGGUGGUGACACUGCUGCUUGGAGCGUGGAUUGCCUUCCUGCUAACACACAAAAGGCCUGUCAAAAAAUCCCAGAGAUCUGAAGAGCCAGUGGACACUAACCAUCUGCCAGUGUUGACCAAUCAGAGCGCUAACGCAGAACCCAGUGCUCCGCCCUCAACCUCAUCUUACAACAACAACAGCCAUUCAGAGAAGACAAGUUCUGUUGCAUCCAAUCAAACUCAGCCAUUCUCAAGCAAAGACUCCGCCCCAAUAACGACAGCUGGCCAAUCACAGAGUGAUCAGACUGACGUUGUGGAAGUUGGUAAAAUCUCUUUCAGUCCUGCCGAGGUGCUGGGCCAUGGGACAGAGGGAACCUUUGUGUUCCGGGGUCAUUUUGACAGUCGGCGUGUGGCCGUAAAGCGUAUUCUUCCGGAGUGUGUGGAGUUUGCAGAGCGAGAGGUUCAGCUCCUCCGUGAAUCAGACGAGCAUCCCAAUGUCAUCCGUUACUUCUGCACAGAGCGGGACAGACAAUUCACUUACAUUGCCAUAGAGCUGUGUGCUGCAACACUCCAGCAGUAUGUGGAGGACCCAAGCUGUCCUUAUUCAGACCUGAACCCAGUGUCCCUUCUGGACCAGACCAUGUGUGGCCUGAGUCACCUGCACUCCCUCAAUAUUGUUCACAGGGAUUUAAAGCCACGGAAUAUUUUGCUCUCUCUCCCGGGGGCAUUGGGUCGAGUCCGGGCGGUGAUCUCAGAUUUCGGCUUGUGUAAGAAGCUUCCAGAUGGUCGCCAUAGUUUCAGCCUACGCUCUGGAAUACCAGGAACCGAAGGCUGGAUUGCCCCUGAAUUACUCAUAAAUGCUCCAAAAGGGAACCCUACAAGUGCAGUGGACAUAUUUUCAGCUGGAUGUGUGUUUUAUUAUGUGACGUCCAAAGGACAGCAUCCGUUUGGUGACACUCUGCGGCGUCAAGCUAAUAUCCUCUCUGGAGUCUAUAACCUCGACCACUUUAUGGAGGAUAUACAUGAGGAUGUGAUUGGCAGAGAUCUGAUUGAGCGGAUGAUCAGUGCUGAACCGGAAACCCGUCCUUCAGCAGCGUCCGUCCUCAAACAUCCCUUCUUCUGGAGCCCAGAGAAACAACUGCAGUUCUUUCAGGAUGUCAGUGACAGAAUAGAGAAGGAGCCGGCAGACAGCGCUAUAGUGGCCCGUCUGGAGAACUCCGGCAGAUCUGUCGUAAGAACCAACUGGAGGAUGCACAUAUCAGCACCACUCCAGGCUGAUCUUAGAAAAUUUCGCACAUAUAAAGGAAACUCUGUGAGAGACCUACUUAGAGCAAUGAGAAAUAAAAAACAUCAUUAUCAUGAGCUCCCACCAGAGGUUCAGACAGCUCUCGGUGAAGUCCCUGAUGGCUUCGUGGCAUAUUUUACCUCCCGUUUCCCCCGGUUACUGCUUCACACGCAUUCAGCGCUUAGCAUCUGUGCCCCCGAGAGACUCUUUCACCCAUACUACCACCACUGAACAUCCACAGAGACAUGCUUGUUUGUUCCUACACUGGACUGGAGAGGAAAAGUAAGAUCCUUGAGGAAACGGAGACCUUGAGGACUCAAUUAAACACUGUCAAUGUAUAACUCUGUACUUCAGAACUGUGAGCACAUUUCGUUGUAGAAUUUUCUCCUAAACAUCCUACUGGACUUGCUGAACGAAAUUGAAAGUUUUUUAUGCUUUUACAGAAACAGGUUUUAUAGGUUAGAUUAACCAAACAAGUUACUGAGUGGGCUUUUAUUAGUGGGCUUUUACAGAGCUGCCAUUGUCUGCUGCUGGUUUUAUCAUGUCAACCAAAUAGCAAAGAAAUAAAAAGGCCAUAUUUUCUGAUGAGUUGACAUCAGCCAGUAGUUUGGCAUGUGUUCUACCAUUUCUGUCAGUUUUGACUUUUAACACACAAGAUUACUGAAUCGCCAACUGACUACUUAUAUUCUUAUUAGGUAGAAAGUUAAGCAUUUUCAUAAUAAAGGUUUCUUAAAGGGAUAGUUCACCACAAAAGUUUCAAAAAGGGGUGAAAAAAAAAAUCUUGUGCAGGAUAUUCAUAUUCAAUACGUUUGUGUGAGAAACAAAUAAUGAAAUACAUUUUGGGUGAACUAUUCCUUUAGCCAGGUUACAUGCUUAAAGAAUGAUAAAAGCCAGCAAAACAUCCACUGAUAUUUGCAGAUAUAUGACAAUAUUUGAUAAUUAGUGGACUUAAAAAAAAACUAGUUUGUCUGUCAUAUUGUACACCACGUGUACAUGUAUAUGUAUUUGUGUGAUUCAGAUACAUUGGGAUUGGGAUUUUUUCUUUUGAUUUUGCUUUGUGUGGUUUUAAUUGCAGCUUCAUGCUACAUUUAUGGAUCUUUUAUCCUCAACCACACAUUGCAGCUUCAUCCUCAUCUCUCAGUGUUACAGCUUUAAAACCAAAUAUUGUGAAGUGUUUUACAGCCUGCUGUACACUAGUU